AUGGUUACUUCUAAUAAACCAACAGAGAAAAAGGUGGUAAAAAUGAGUGCGCCGGUUAAUAGCGCUGUUGUUCCGCAUAGAACCCUUUUGGGUGAAGUUAACGAACACAUAACGUGCCCCCUAUGUCGUGGCUAUUACAUUGAUGCUACGACAAUAGUUGAGUGUUUACAUUCAUUUUGUAGAUCUUGUAUUAUAAAACACCUUCAAGUAAAGAAAUACUGUCCAGUGUGUGAAAUGAUGAUAAACUCUGCUAAACCUAAUAUAAAAUUAGAUAAAGCUCUGCAAGAUAUUGUCUACAAGCUAGUACCAGGACUCUUUCAAAGAGAGAUGGAGCGUCGUCAGACGUUUUACGCAUCUCGCCCUGGCCCUGCUGCCUCUGCAACUCCCGAACAAAGAGGUGAAGACACUGAAAGGAUUAUUUUUAGUCCGGAAGAUGUGAUUUCUUUUUCACUAGAAUACUCUGAUGUGACAGAUAAUGAUAGCAUUUCAAGUAAAUCAUCAGACAGUAAUGAAUCAAAUUCUACACCAACUACAUCAAGAAGGUAUUUGCAGUGUCCGGCUGUUGUAAAUAUAAGUCACCUUAAAAAAUUUCUUAGCAUGAAAUUUGAUAUAGACAGCAGUCAAUUUGCAAUAGAUAUCUUAUAUAAGAGAGUCCCAUUACCAGAUUACUACACAUUGAUGGAUAUUGCCUAUAUCUACAACUGGAAACGAAAUGAACCUAUGCGGUUUUUCUAUCAAAUUAUUGACUAUGUUGCAAUUAGAAGCAGAUUAUUUGACAUAAAUAGAAAAGGAUCUGAUGUGGCAGAUAAAAAAGCUGCUUCAGCUAUUAAAGAAAAUGUAAACAACAAUCCUGUAGCUAAUGUAAAUGAUCAAGCUUCAGAAACUUCUUCUGGUACUGAUAGCCCAAUGCCUGAUGAAAAUUGUAUGAAAAGUCUCAGUCAAACAACAAAAAAGGAUAGUGAAAUUCCUAAGAGGAAUACUUCUGGAGAUGGGUCAAGUAUUGUCAAGAGAAGUAAUUCUCCUAUUAAGAAAAGUGAUGAUGAAGAUGAAAAGUCACAGUUUCUUAAUUCUUUUGAACUCAAAGCUAAAAAUAAUGCCACAACUUCACCUCUCAAAAACUCGGGUGAAGUUAUUUCCUUACCACCUGAAAACAGUUCUAAAAUAUCUUCCAUCAAUUCUCCAAAGGAAGAUUCAUUAAAGAGAAAGUAUCAAGCUGCUACUAAUUUACCAGAAUUAAAGAAGGUAAAGAUUGAAUUAGAGAAAACUAAGUUUCCUAUAAGUCAAUGUUUAGCUCGUGGUUCAAACUCAAAUGUGCAAACAGAAAAAGGUACAACAAACAUAGAUCAAUUUAAAUCUCCAGAAAAAAUUAAACCAACAGACAAUAUAACAAAAUGUUCUGCACAGUCUAUAAAUAUCAAUGCACCCACCCUAACAAGAGAUUCUAAACAUUCAUCUACUACAGUCAAACAACAGCUGUCUGAAAGUGCAGGACAAAAAAGAGCAACUUCUGAAAGCCAUAACUCAACUCCUAAACGUAAACCUGAGAAUAUUACAUCUAUAACUUCCUCUCCGGCAGCUCUUCAAAAAACAGUGUCUCCUCUUAAGAUUCAGCUAUCAAAAACUGAUUCUCCCACAUUAAUAAGCAAUAAAUCGCUAGAAACAUCAAAGACAAUACCCAAGAAAAUACCAGAUUUAAAACCCACUACAGUGUCAAAUUCUUCAGGUAAAAAUUCUAAUUCAGGGAAAUUAAGAAUGGAUCUUUUAGCUAACAACAGCGACCCAACAAUUGACAGAAGUAAAAUACUAUCCCAAGUGAAAACAUCAGCUUCACCUAGUGGACCACACACUGGUGAGAAUCUUAAGUCCUUGUUUGAUUCUUGUAAAAUUAAUAUUCCAUCAUCCUUAUCAAUUACUUUGACUGACCAAAAGAGCCCUUCAGAUAUGCCAAUAUCUGAACAAAAGAAAAGUGCAGUGAGUAAGACCAUUACAAAUGCAAAUAGUUCAGCUCAUAAAGUGCCUAGUCCACCAAUACAUAAUUAUAUAGAAAUAAAGAAACUGCCUGAUAUUGACAACAAGAAGAUCAGUAAAGCAGACACUAACUCAGAAUCAAAGUCAGCUUCAAUUAAGGCUGAUGUUGCUACACCCAAGCCAUUAAAAUCUAGUGAAACAUCUGCAAAAGGGCCAGUUCCCAACUUGAAACCAAUAGCUGAUACAAAGUUAGCAAAACAAAGUGUUAAUUUGUCAUCUGGAGCUCCAAUUACAUUUCAACAGACAUUUGAGCAACAACUGCAAUCGUUGCAAACAGAUUCUAAAACAAAAGGCCCUAAAAAUAAAGCUCAAGUACCGAAACUUGUACCAGCUACUCCCAAAACUUUCAGUGCUGCAAGUAAGUUAAAUAAUGCAAAUUGUAAAACUCCAACUACAGGUAUGUCAAGUGGAGAAAUCAAACCAACAAUCGCUCUAGAUUUAUCAACACCUCACACAAUUCAAAGUCAAUUAGGUCCCCAACAAACUAAAGCUUUUGAGACAAUGCAAUCAAUAGCAAAUUUAGCUAAAAAACAAAAUUUACCAUCAAAGCCUGUACCAUUGUCAAUGUCACAAAAUAUAUUCACACCAAUGUCUAAUAGACCAUCAUCGUCUCCACUUCGUGUACCAUCUGGAAACAAUAAUAAUCAAAAUAAGCAAGAUAAAACUGCUCCAAAUAAUCUUAGACAAGACACAUCAAAACAGCUAAAUACUUUGAAGCAAUCAACUUCACUUCAUGGAACUGUAACAAAUGUUCCAUCUCCAAACUAUCAAAGUGGUAACCAACCAUCGAGUAGCUCCACCCAACCGUCACCACGAUCACAAACGCGCUCACCAAGUUCUUCCCCAAAAUUAGUUAUAGCAGAAGAUAAACAAACGGCUAAUGCAACAUCUGAGCCAAAUCAGCCAAAUGCAUCUAUGAAUUCCCAACUGUCAAGUAUGUUUCCACCUAAAAUGGAGUCUACGAAGGAUUCACAUGGCAUUGCUAAACCAGGCUUGAAACCAUUGAAGCCAUUAGUCCCGCCGAGUAAGAUACCGGGCAUUCGGCAACCCAUAACACCUACUAUUCAUGCUAAUUCCACGAUGAGUUCUCAAGCAGAUUAUUUAUCACAACCGCUUAUUUCACACGCUAUAUUCAGACAUCAAAUGGAAAUGCAUUCUUGGUUAAAAGCUCAAAGACAAUACGACAUGUACAAAAACAUACCUAAUAUAACACAUCAAAAUCCCAAGGAUUUCAAUAACAAAGAAAAGCAAUAA